GUCUGCAUUGUACAGAAGAAGGACACUAAGAAGAUGUACGCCAUGAAGUACAUGAACAAGCUAAAAUGUGUGGAGCGGAACGAAGUGAGGAACGUCUUGAAAGAGCUGCAGAUCAUGCAGAACCUUGAACAUCCUUUCCUGGUCAACUUCUGGUAUUCCUUCCAGGAUGAGGAGGAUAUGUUUAUGGUGGUUGACUUACUUUUGGGAGGAGACCUGCGCUAUCACCUCCAGCAGAACGUCCACUUCUCAGAGAGCACUGUCAAACUCUACAUCUGUGAGUUGGCCCUCGCCCUGGGAUACCUACGCACCAAGCGCAUCAUACACAGAGACAUCAAACCGGACAACAUACUACUGGAUGAACAUGGGCACGUCCAUCUUACAGACUUCAACAUUGCAGCAAUUGUAAAAGAAGACCUAAAAGCAACCUCCAUCGCUGGGACCAAGCCAUACAUGGCUCCUGAGCUUUUUCAAACCUUUGAGGGGUCCCACCCUGGCUACUCCUUCUCUGUUGACUGGUGGUCACUGGGCAUCACAGCAUAUGAGCUACUAAGAGGACAGAGACCAUAUGUGAUGAGAUCCAGUACACCAGCUAAUGAGAUCCUUCAGACCUUCCACAAGGUCCACCCCAGCUACCCAGCAGCCUGGUCUUUGGAGAUGAAGUCUCUUCUCAGAAAGUUGCUGUGCAUAGAUGUCCAGAAGCGCAUUUCCUGUCUAGCAGAGCUGCAGGAUCUGGACUACAUGUCAGAUGUCAACUGGGACGCUGUGCUCAGCAAACAGCUUCCUCCAGGCUUUAUUCCCAAUAGGCGGAGACUAAACUGUGACCCCACAUUUGAGCUGGAGGAAAUGAUCCUGGAGUCCAAACCACUUCACAAGAAGAAGAAAAGGCUUGCUAGAAAAACCAAGGACCAGGGAUCUGAUGGGUCCCCACAAAAUGGUCAGUUGCAGCAGCGAUUGGAUAAUGUCCAGAGAGACUUCAUUGUCUUCAACAGAGAAAAGUCAAGGAAAGCAGUGGUGGACUCAGACUCCUCUGAGUUGUCCACGAGUGAGAAGAACAAGGCCAUAGAGGAUGGACAGAACAACAAUGUUGAACCGGCUGCCUUCUUAUCAGGAUAGGUCUCAUGACCCGAGAUCCCUACCAACUCCCUUAUCACUUGCAUCUGUCCACAGCUUGUAGAUCAGCUAGUUACACACAGACACCUAUUGUUAUAUCAGCACAGGCACUCAGAUGCGGUCUUCAAUGUUCCUGCACCACUCCAUUGUCUAUACAAACGCAAAUGCAGUACGCAUCACGGUUCACCCACAAAAAACACAAUAGCUCCAGAACUGCAGGAGUGAAACGGGACUCCUGGAGCAGCAGCCAUGCCACAGCCAGACUUUUCGCUUUGCUGUCCCCAAGAAGAAUGAUUCUCAGCAGAGUGUCACUCACACCAUGCUCCCUUACAUCACUCUGGUGCUCUAAGGUCUGCUCAACCUCUACUCUGGGCAGUUUGCUGAAGUGAAGAAGAAGUCACUCCCCUGCCAAAAAGGAAAUAAUGCCGCAUCUGCUCAGCUGUUAGAGAAAAUAAAAGACUGAUGUAGUCAACUAUGGCUGAAAGCUGUAUGUGCUGCUGCUGUCUUGGGCGGAAAACUCUGAUUUUACAUUUCAGCGAGGUAUUUUCUGGUUAAUUACAGUUAAACAUAACACUAGUUCUACAG